CCCCCCCCCGGCCACCGGAGCGGCGGGCGGGGCUGGGCUGGGCGCCGCCCCCGGCCCCCCGUCAGGCUCCAAGUCCCGCGCUGGGCCGGCGCCCGGCCGCAGGCGCGCGCGGGCUCCGCCAGCUUCGUGCGCUUUCAUGGAGGUCUGGGCGGCCUUGGCCGGAGCCUGGUUCCAGCUGCCGCCCCGUCUGUCUGUGUCGGAUCUGCAGGAGCCCAGGGACUUAGGUCUGGACACCUGCUGGAGCUCGUCCUUGCCCAGGGCAGAGCUGGACGGCUGCUGGAGACUCUGACCGCUGCACCUUCACCACAGCCCAGACCCUUGGCACCAAGUUCGGCUACGGGAUUAGGGGUGGACAUGGUUCGCACCCGUCGUGAAGCCCGCCCCCCUCUCGAUGACCUGGUAGCCAGCACCGUGCGGAUGUCUUGUGUUCCGACGGCCCAGCCUCCGGACCCUGGUGUGGCGCAUGGGGCCAUGGCCCUGCUCCCCGGGCCCGCGGAGCCCCCAGGCCCCGAGCGCCCGGUUGGCGGCGGCGGCGGCAGCGGCAGCAGCAGCAGCGGCAUUGGCGGGGCCCGCGCCCGGCACGUCAUCAUCAACGUGGGCGGCUGCAGGGUGCGCCUGGCCUGGGCCGCGCUGGCCCGCUGUCCCCUGGCGCGCCUCGAGCGCCUCCGCGCCUGCCGCGGCCACGACGAGCUGCUGCGCGUGUGCGACGACUACGACGUGAGCCGCGACGAGUUCUUCUUCGACCGCAGCCCGUGCGCCUUCCGCGCCAUCGUGGCGCUGCUGCGCGCCGGGAAGCUGCGGCUGCUGCGCGGCGCGUGCGCCCUGGCCUUCCGCGACGAGCUGGCCUACUGGGGCAUCGACGAGGCGCGCCUGGAGCGCUGCUGCCUGCGCCGCCUGCGCCGCCGCGAGGAGGAGGCCGCCGAGGCGCGCGCGGGGCCGGCGGAGCGCGGGGGCCCCGGCAGCCCGGACUGCGCCCCUGGGGCCGGCGGCGGGCGGCUGGCGCGCGGCCGGCGGCGCCUGCGCGACGUGCUGGACGACCCGCGCUCGGGCCCGGCCGGCAAGCUCUUCGCCUGCGUGUCCGUGGCCUUCGUGGCCGUCACGGCGGUCGGCCUCUGCCUCAGCACCAUGCCCGACAUCCGCGCCGAGGAGGAGAGGGGCGAGUGCUCCCCCAAGUGCCGCAACCUAUUUGUGCUGGAGACGGUGUGUGUGGCCUGGUUCUCCUUCGAGUUCCUGCUGCGCUCGCUGCAGGCUGAGAGCAAGUGUGCCUUCCUGCGGACACCGCUCAACAUCAUCGACAUCCUGGCCAUCCUGCCCUUCUACGUGUCGCUGCUCGUGGGCCUGGCGGCGCGGCCGGGCGCAGGCGGCAACAAGCUGCUGGAGCGCGCGGGGCUGGUGUUGCGGCUGUUGCGCGCGCUGCGCGUGCUCUACGUCAUGCGCCUGGCGCGCCACUCGCUGGGGCUGCGCUCGCUCGGCCUGACCGUGCGCCGCUGCGCGCGCGAGUUCGGGCUGCUUCUGCUCUUCCUCUGCGUGGCCAUGGCCCUCUUUGCGCCACUCGUGCACCUGGCCGAGCGCGAGCUGGGCGCGCGCCGCGACUUCUCCAGCGUGCCAGCCAGCUACUGGUGGGCCGUCAUCUCCAUGACCACCGUGGGCUACGGCGACAUGGUGCCGCGCAGCCUCCCCGGGCAGGUGGUGGCGCUCAGCAGCAUCCUCAGCGGCAUCCUGCUCAUGGCCUUCCCGGUCACCUCCAUCUUCCACACCUUCUCGCGCUCCUACUCGGAGCUCAAGCAGCAGCAGCAGCGCGCCGCCAGCCCCGAGCCCGCCCUGCGCGAGGACAGCACGCACUCCGCCUCUGCCUGCGCCUCCGCCGCGGAGGACGACGGCUCGCAGGGCCCCGACGGUGCCGGCCCGACCGGGGACUCCGCGGCCGCGCUGUGGGCAUCCGCGGGGCCGCCCUGACCCGGCGGGGACGCGGCACCGGCGAAGAGGCUGCUCCCCUGGAGCUCCAGGACCAGAACCGCAUUCUCGCCUCCCGCUGCGCAUGGAGGGACGGGGACGACUCUGGGGGCCCGGCUCCCUUUGCCGUGCAUGUUGCUCGCUCCGCACAGCCCAGAACUUGGCCCGGGGCUGACCCCGGCCUGAAUCGGGGGGUCACAGCCAUCCUGUGCUUUGGAGUUGAACUCCAAGGAGCGUCACCAGCCUGUCCUCCGCUUUCCUUCUGCCUCUGGACUUUUGACUCCGUGAUGGCCAGCUAAAAGUAAAUUCAGCGAGCCCAGAAGCUCCAAGCCUGUAGCUCGUCCCCAGGCCUCACUUUGACCUUCCCCUGCGCGUCACUGGUGGGGGUGGGGCGCAGUGGGGCUGGGAGAGGGCACAGUCCCUUCCUGCGCCCGCCGUGUCACCCACAGUGGGCCAUGCCCAUCAGAGGGGGUCUCCUCAUCACGCCUGCAGAAGCCCACAUCGCUGCCAAGCGAUAGGGACAGAGGUGUGACACUGAUGCUCACAGCACGCCAGUUCCUUCGGGAGAGGGAGGUCCCAGCCCUGACCUCUGACCUCCCUUCCCCGGCACAAGCUCCGUGGGGAUCUUCCGGGAUCCCUCCUCAUCUGUUUGCCCCUGAAAAUGCCCGGCAAAGCUGAAGGCCUGCACGUCAGCCGGCCCCACCCUCCCCUCGGGCACCCCGGCCCCCGGCCCUGCCCGGGGUGACUGAGCUGCUUCUCUGGAGGCCAGAGGAAUCUGUGCUCGUCACUUCGCUUGUCACCCAGCACGGCUGGUCGUCCGGAAAGAACCGCUUCCUCCUGUGGGGCGGGGAGGCCUCGCCGAUUUUCCCUCCAAGGGUUCGGUCAGCGGUGGACUAACCCAAGGCAGCUGUCCUCUGUCCUCCCCCCCCCCCCCGCAGUGGCUCUGAGGGCACCCAGGCGCCCUGCAAGACCAGAGGCCACCUCGGGUCACGGGAUGGGGUGCCCGUCGGCCAUCCUGCUGGGAACCGCGGGUGUGUGGGGAGGGGCGGAGCACACCCACUGACCACCACGCGGGCGGAGCGCCAGCCACUGGCUUGUCUGUUCCGUCUCCCCACCGCCAUCCCGGCCACCCCCCCACACCGUCCCUCCGGCUGCGCUCUGGAAGGCUCCGCUGGCUGUGGCCUCGGUUGCCCAUCUGGGUUGGGGGCCGGGAACUGGCCAGGUCCCCGCCGGCCUGCUCCCUCAUGCAUGUCAAGGAAACCCAGACUGGAGACACUCCUAUGGGACAGCUCUGUGCGUCUCCUACAAGACGUGGUGUUACCAUCACUGCCUCCUUGGCCACCUGCUGAAAACGCUCGAAAGCACUGCAGAAGGGAGGACAGGAGACUGAGUUUGCGAAUGCAGCUGUCUCAACCCCCCAAGUGCUGUGCCGAGAGCGAAGGUCAGUUCCCGCCGACUCACGACUCGCUCACGCGGGGGCACUGGGUUUGAUCUGGCCACCAAACCAGUGGGCAGGCUGAGUGGGCCAGGCACACCCCCCUGCACCUGAGUUUCCCCAUCGGUACAACCAGAGUGAUCCGGAAGAACCCUCUGGCUCCACAGCCCCAAGAUGCAGGAUCCUGGUCCCCGCCAGAGCUGUCUGGUUGACCCCAAAACGUCUGCAAAGCGUUUAGGGGGUGACUUGCGUCUGUGACAUUCCAGGAAUCAGCCAGCGCUCCCCUUCCCCUCAGGGCUGCUUUCUGCACAGGCUGUGCAUCCUCCCUUGGGCCCUGGCGGGCCCUCCCCCACCCCCAGCUGACCCGCGUGUGCCACUCAGACUGAACAGGGCAGCUCCAGGGCUGAACAUGCUCCACCGUCAAUGUUGAGGGUUGGAAACCCCCAUAUUUGCUUCCAAAAUAGCCCCAAUUCCUGUACUCCUUAUCUUUGGGCAAAAUGCAUCCCCCGCCUCUGCGCGCGCGCGCGCGCGCGCACACACACAGAGUUUCUUCUUGGCCAGCUGGAUACCAGGGCUGGGGUGGUGAGGGCAGCUCGAGAGCUGUGGGCAGGGUGCCGGCACCGUUUGCAGCUCUUUAUCUGCUCAGAGCUUUCAGCAGCUCAACUGAACGAGAUGAACUUUCUCACGCACCCCAGGAGCUGGGGCAACAGCACCAUUUUGUUCCCAUUUCCAAAAUGCUAUCCUCGUUGAGAGGAAGAGCUAUAAAAAUAAACAGGGCAUUUAGGGUUUGGGGGAAAAGUCACCUUCCUAUAUUUUUUUCACUAGAAGCCCCGCUUCUCGUGGGGCUAUUAAAAACGUCUGCCCUUUCCGCGGUGGAUGGCUGUGCCCAGGGCUCGGGGUUCAGGGCUCUCGGGGCAGCAGCUGGGCCUGUGAAACAGCUCUCUCUUCUCUGUGUCUGAAGGGCAGCUCCAGGGCUCGCUCCCCAGAGGAACACGGGAGCCUGUUCAGUGCUGUUUCCCGGCUCAGCAGUGAAGUCCCCAAAAGGCACCUUCAUGUUUUUUGUUUUAGUAUUUGAACUUCUACGGCAUUAAUUUUUUAAUUAAAAUAGUUAUUUUCAAUUAACACAUUAUCAGAAGGAAAACAAAAUCUACCCCCAGAGCAGGACCCCUGUCCUGCGUGACUCAGUACAUGGGCUCCAGGGUCCACACCGAGGCUCCCUGCUGCCUGGGGCGGCCACAUCGGAUGUCACCACCUUUGAUCAGCUCACUCAGACUCUCCGAGGCCAGCGCCACAGGCUGGGGUGACUCGCUGAAAAAACGUAAAAAAUAUAUCACUUCCAUGUAUUUCGACUCUGUUGAUCCUUUUGGUCUUGCCCUCAGCAGAAAUACUCUCCACGAAAAAAGAACUGCUCGGCACAAAGGGAUCCGACCCUACCUGCUAUACAGAAUUACCCGUUUUCCUCGAAACACUUCUUCUGGCCUUGAAAGGAGACACUCCCCAACCUUUUGAGGCAUCCCCUUGUUAAGGGAACUGUGUGAACUGGCGGAGACCAGGGCGCCACCACCUCCCCCCGCCUGGCACGGGACGGCCACUGUCCCCGGGGGCCUGGGGGAGCAGCCCCGGUCUCACAGGGGCCACAACUGUCCCCCACGGAGGAGACGCUGGCCCAGCCCUUCCCUGGGGUCCCCUGAGGUGAAUGAGGACGAGACCGGCCCUUUACUCUGCCCUGGACCCCCCCGCUCCGACGCCACUCACGAGGCCACGCUGGAUCCACGAGCAGUUUAUUGAAUUCAAGCCGCCCUGACAGAACCAGCAGUGCUCCCACACGUGGCAUGUAGGUCACCCCUGCACUGGUAAUGUGUUAAUCUGGAGGCAAUGACUGCUACAGACAUCUCCUUUCAUUUUUAAAAAGUAAACGUUUUCAAAGCGUCUUGCAGGCCAGAGAACUAAGCAGGAUCCUCAAACAUUCAGGAGUUUUUGAGGAAAACUCAGGAGGAGGAAACGGCUCCGCACGCCGUGCACUGGCCACGGCAGACGCUGCAGCUUUGGCACCAGCCCCAGGACCGUGGACGCUACAGAGCCACCCCUCCCUGGGGGAAGGAAAGCGCCUGCGGGAGCCGUGUGGAAGCAUCUAAACACUUGCCCUGCGGGGCCCGGAGGUGGAGCAGGGCCGCUGGGCACAGCUGAGAUGCUCGUGUAAACCGAAGGGGGACCAGUGUCAGACCAGCACCCCACCACCACCAGGCACAGCGGAUGCGGAGGGCUGCACAGGAGGAGGGUGGCGGCAGGGAUGCCCUGCACAGCAUGGGGGAACACCUGCCUCGCUGUCCCCUGCCCUGACCCGCAGGCAUCUCCAGGCCUGGAAGACAGACACCUAAGGCCUGCAAGCACACGGUUCCCAGAGGAAAGGGAUGCCUGUGCGGUAGCCCUCCGGGGGGAUGGCCAGUGGGUCUGCCCCUUCCCAGGCAGCCCCGGGGGCUGCUGCACCCGCCAUGCCCCAGGCCCCGCUCCCAACACCCCGGGGCUCACGCUGGCCAGAGCCCGGCUGGAGACGGUGGGUCCACAGCAGCCUGCCCAGGAGGAGCGAGGCCACUGGGGGCCCUGGAAAGGGACCGACCUAGGGUUUCGCAACCAGAGCCCUGUGAUGCUUUGGUACCUCACCCCGACGUGUCCCAGGCCCGACCCUGCCAGGAGUCACCCCCAGCCAGUCUGAGGCUGUGGGCUCCGUGGGCUGGGACCUGGGCUCUCCUGGUGCCGUUUCUCACUCCUGCCCCCCGUCUCUCCCAUCUUGGGGCUCCGCAGCCCAGCUGCAGGCCCCCUCGGCCCCAUCAGCCACGUCGAGGCCGCGGGGGCUGAGAUGUGGAGGUUUCCUGAGGUCCUCGGUCCUGCAGGGCCCAGGGUGGCCUCCUCCCGGUAUGUGAACAUGACCCAGGCUCCAGCCAGCAGUAUUUUGAGCCAAAGUGGGAGAGGAGACCUGCUUUUCCGUCACUUUGAGAGCAGCAGGCGCCCAGCCUGGGGGGAAAACCUGCUCACACGAGUCCUGGAUAACAGAGCACAACGUCGGCACCCAGGCCCCAUCACCCCCUGAGAGCCACAGAAGCUGAGCAAGACCCAAUGGCUGGGACCCUCUCUCGGGGCCGCAGCACCCACCUGCCCCACUCGGGGAGGACAGGUGGCCUGGCCGGAGCCCACGGCCCGUGGUCCCGCAUCCUCAUCCUCCCGGCUGCCUCAGAGGGCCUUGGCGCUGGCGGGGUGCGCUGCGUGGGGGGCCGGCUUUAGGGGGUGGCGGGUGAACACGUAGGCCUGCCCCAGGAUGGCCAGGUCCACCAGCACCUGCAGCAGCCCGCACGCUGAGAACUGCAGGGGCGCGCCGUUCAGCAGGAAGUAGGCCGUCUUGAAGGUGUCGCCGCUCGUCCACAUGAGGACCAUCUUGAUGCUGUGGAGACAUGAACGGUGGUCAGGGCUCACAGACCAUGGAUCAGGGGUCACGACCCCCAGGUCGGGGGACAUAAUCCAGGGGCCAGGGGACAUGCCAGGCCUCCUGUCCUGGCCAUGAAGCCACCGCGUGCAUGGCCGCAAGGACAGGAAGGCCCUUCGGCAGGAGCAGCCUCCGCUCUCCAGAGCGGGGGAGGGGCUGGCAUGGGGCCGAGCCCACACGGCCUCACAAGCGCCCCCACAAGCGCCCCAUCCGUCCCGGCUGCAGGCACAUCAGGUGUGUGUCCCUCGGGAGACACGCUGUGGCCUCAGACGGGAGGGAAGACCGCCACCUCAUGCCGCGCCCCCCAGGCUGACCCUGCAGCACGAGAACUGGCCUGGGAGGGGCGGCCCUCUGCCCCCCACACCUGCACCCAGGGGUGCUGAGCAGGAAACCAGAGGCUGCCGGGCGAAGCAGGGUGAUGCGGGCUUCUCCUGGGAAUCCCCUCCAGGCCAGGCCCCUCACUCAAAACACAGCCUGAGGGCGAUUCCAUUCCUGGUCAUCGGUGCCACUCCCGAAGUCUGAGAUCGGUCCGUGUGGCACAGAGCGGCCCCGUGUCAUCUGUCGCUCACGUCUGCACACACCUCUCCACACACAGCAUCUAACGCCUGGUUGCCAGGUAACGGGCAUGGGCACCAUCAUGUUUUCCUGCAUAAAGUGUUUAAAUCAGACCCACUUCCACAGCAGGUACACCGCGUGGCUCACUAAACCAGGCCACGGCUGGGGGGGCGCCUGUCACAGGGAGGAGGUGAGGACUCUCAGGGACAGGAUGACACCAGGCUGGAAGCCGUCUGUGCCCCAGGCAGGGCGGGCACUUUGCGCCCCUGAGGUGGCCCCGGUUCACCCCAGAGCUGGGCGGCCUUCGACCCCAGGUCAGCUCUUAUCAGUAAAACCAGGCGAGGAGCCCAUGGCCCAGUGCAGGGAUGUCCAUGUCCCCUGCUCUGCCCACAGGAGUGUCAGCCCGACCGUGCAGAACCGGGACAGGAAGUGGACAGCUCCCCUGACCUGCACCACAGCGUCUGGAGGCUCCCCGAUCCUUAAUCGGGAGAAUGACUCAGGGCCCGGGGAGGCCCAGAGGUUGGCUCCCGUCGACCCCGCAGCCGGCCACCCAUCUGAACAGCCCAGCGCGUCUCGCUUGGCUUGUCGGGUUGACCCACAUGGCGUUCAAAGACUUUUGUUUCUAAUUAGCUGAUACCUAACUCUGCAUUUAAAAAUCCAGGUUAUUAUAUCAUCAGUCCUUUUUCUCUGGCUUUCCACAUUUGUUUGACUUUGGUUUUUAGCAGUUUGUGAUGUAAUGCAUGUUUGGGACUUGCUGAGUAUCUUAAAGCUGUACGUUGGUCUUGCAUCAAGUUUGGGAGGUCUUCAGCCGUUAUUUCUCCAGCAUUCUCUUCUGCACCAGCCUUUCCCCUCUCCUGUGGUCUCAGGUGACACGAAUGUUAGAUUUCAUGGUGCUGUCCCUGAGUCUGUUCUCUUUUUUUCCCCCGAUUUUUUUUCUGUUGUUCAGACUUUCAUUGAUCUUCAAGUUCAUUAAUUCGUCCUCUGUCGUCACCAUUCUACUACUGAACUACUGAAGUGUAGUUUUUAUUUAGCUACUGUAUUUUCAAUUUAAAAAUUUCGGGCUGGCUUUUCUUACAGCUUUUAUUUCUCUCCUGAGACGGUCCGUCUUUGCAUUGAUUUAAAGAGCGUCUGCUGUUGCCCUUUAGAGCAGUUACACUAGUGCCUUGAAAAUCUGAUAAUUCCAGCAUCUGUGUCACCUUAAUUGACUGUUUCUCGAUUCUUUGUUGUCUGUUGAUUGUCUUUUGAGAGUUGCUGAGAUUUUCCUAUUCUUCGUGGUGAGUAACUUGGGUUUAUAUCCUAGACGUUUUUAACGUUCUGUAAGGA